AUGGAACCGAGCAAAGAAAACCAACUGAAGCCUUCACGAACGGCAUACAGGAGAUUAUCAGAAGAAGCCGAUAUCCUGGUACCUAGGCCUAGCAUCGUGCUACCACAAUUGCAAGAAACAGAGAAAAAGUUUUUCGAACUUGUCGCCACAGGCGACGUCGUGGUAGUCAGAGAAUACCUCGAAAACCACCCAGCUCUCAACAUCAACUGCACCAACUUCCAAGGUGUAUCAGCCCUCUUGAUCUCCGUCCAAUCCCACGCCGAAACCAUGGUGGAGUUCCUGCUCACCCAACCAGGCAUCGACAUAGGCGACUGCGUACUGCAUGCCGUCAGAGACGGCCACGCCGCCAUCUUGACCCUGCUUUUGGACAAGCUGGCACAGACUUCUCCCAGCCUGGAAUUCGUCGGCGUCACGCGCAGCUCCGACUUUCCCGAUCACGUGACACCGCUGAUACUCGCCGCCCAGUGCGGCCACUACGAGAUCAUCAAGAUGCUGAUCGAGAGAGGGCACUCGAUCAGCAAGCCUCAUCCGCCGUCGUGCAGGUGCUCAGACUGCAGAGUGCGCCUGGAACACGACGACCUCCUCCAUGCCGAGAGCCUGCGCCUCAACCUAUACAGGGCGGUCGCCAAUCCAGCGUACAUCUGCUAUUCCACGCACGAUCCCAUCCUGGCAGCUUUCCAUCUCAGCCAAGAGUUGAAAGAAUCCUCUUUCUUGGUGCCCGAGUUCAGAACGGCUUACGCCGAACUGGCCUCGGAAAUAAGCAUGUUCGCAGUGGAUCUGAUCGCAUGCUGUAGGAGCACCAACGAGAUGGAGCUGAUACUCACUCAGAGCGCUGGGAUGCACUCCAGCAGCAUGUUUAUGUUCCCCAGACUGGUCCUCGCCAUGGACUACAAGCAGAAAACCUUCGUGGCCCAUCCCAACACCCAGCAAAUCGUCGAAGCAGCUUGGUGUGGCGACUGGCACGAAUACAAAAUCAAAUCGCGCCCCGUCAGAUUCCUCUACCCCGUCCUGAGGGCAAUCACCCUCCCCUUCCUAACCCUCAUGUGCCUCAUCACCCCCAACCACGCCAUGGUCAAGCACUGGAACAUCCCCCUGAACAAGAUGAUCAGCCAUGUAUCAGCCUACAUGGUCUUCCUCGUCAUCAUCUUCUUGGAAUCCAACCUGGACAAGACCGGACAGAAAAGGAAGCCCCCGAACUCCGGACUCGAGCCUGUCAUCGUGGUGUUCGUGGCAGGAAAUAUUUGGGCUAUCAUCCGCAUGCUCAUCCUGUCAGGGCCGUCCAGAUACUUCAGAUCCAUGUGGAACUGGCACUCCAUCAUCAACAACAUCCUGUUCGUACUCACGUUUCUCUUCUGGCUCGCCAGUUACUUUGAUGCCAUCAACAACGACCAGGUGGAUCUGGAGCGCAAGUACUGGCACCAGUUGGACCCUCUGCUGAUCGCAGAAGGCUGCUUCGCCAUAGCGACCAUCAUGGCCUUCUUCAAGCUCAUGUUCUUCUGUCGGCUGAACUACUACAUGGGGCCCUUGCAGAUAUCCCUGGGGAAAAUGUGCGCCGACUUGGCCAAGUACGUCAUCAUAUUCGUGAUAGUGAUCGUUUCUUUCUCAGCUGGCAUGUGCAGGUUCUAUCAGUACUACGACAGCAUGGUCAAGAUUGACGAGAACCAAAUCAAGACGCAGCAGGUGACUUCCUUCAUAGACUUCAGCUCGACGCUGAAGACUUUUUUCUGGGCUAUACUGUGCAUGGCGCCCCUAGAAUCGGCGGACGUGAUCAUAGAAAAUCUGCCGGGCGAUACUGCCGACAGCACCAUUACAAACUCGCACGAUUUCACGGAAGCCGUAGGCUACAUAGCUUUCGCUCUAUUCGAGGUGCUCAUCGUCGUUAUGAUCCUCAAUAUGCUCAUAGCCACAAUGUCGGCGACAUUUCAACGCGUCAUAGACAACUUGGAUGUGGAGUGGACGUUCGGAAAAACGGAUUUCUACUUAGAGUAUAUGCUACAAUCUGUGACUCCUUCUCCGUUCAAUCUGAUCCCGACACCUGGCGGUAUCAGCAGUUUCAUGGAGCUCAUGCAGGGAGCUGUUCCGUCAUCAGAUAAGAAUAUGAAUGAGUUGGAAUACCCAGCGCUGAUGACCCUGUUGGUACAGAGGUAUUUCAGGGAGAAGGACACCGAUAGUGCGGCUGCGACUGAGAUGGAUGUCUUUAGACAGGAAAUUCAUGAGCUCAAGAUGCUUUUGAACAACAUAAUUGAAGGGAAAUGA